AUGAUUUUCUGCUCAUGGAAUAUUAGGGGGCUAAACAAACCCUUUAAGCAAAAGGAAUUAAAAAACGUUUUGCUCAAGAAUAAAGUUGACUUAAUAGAGUGUCUAGAAACUAAAGUUAGACAACAGAAGGCCAAUAAAAUUAUUAGCAAGUUUGAUACGGAUUGGAGUUUUCACUUUGAUUAUACUCAAGUCCCAAAUGGUAGAAUAUGGUUAGGUAGGAAGCAAAGUUGUGUGGCUCUUACUAUACUGGAAAGCACUCCACAAGUAGUACACUGCCAUGUUGAGAAUAAGAGCUCUCAAUUCCAAUGCAAGAUAUCUUUUGUAUAUGGCUACAAUAUUGCAGGGGGCGGAAGGGGAUUAUGGGAGACACUAAGACAUAUUAGCACUUAUACUAUUGAGCCUUGGAUUAUUCUUGGUGAUUUCAAUGCUAUACUCUCCACAGAAGAUAAAGUUAAUGGGUUGCCAGUGCAUGUGAAUGAAACAAUAGACUUUCAAACUUGUGUCACUGAUAUUGUUCUGGGCCAGGUUAAUAGAAAGGGUUGGCAAUAUUCAUGGUGUAACAAGAGGGAUGGAGAUGAUUGGAUUUAUUGCCAUAUUGACUGGGUGUUUGGUAAUGACAAGUGGUUCCAGGACUAUGGAAACCUAGAGGCAGUAUAUUAUAAUCCAGAAUGUUCAGAUCAUACUCCUAUUGUUAUCAGAAUUGUGAUUCCUAGACAAAGGUUGAAAAGACCUAUCAGACUCCUUAAUGUACUACUUAAGCAUGACUCAUUUAAGGAAGCUGUCAAACAUUGCUGGGAUCAAAGCUUCACUAGAUGUCAUAUGUAUAGACUGUGGAUGAAACUUAAGGCAUUGGAAAGUGAAAUAAGGGUGUUGAACAAAGAGAUGACCAACACACAGAAUAGAAUUGCAAGUCUACAGCAGAAAAUGGCCAAUGACAUGUUCAAUAAUCAGUUGAUAGUUGAGGAGAAAGAAUUACUUAUUCAAUUAGAAAAAUGGAAUGAAAUUCAAGAGCAAAUAUUAAGGCAGAAGUCCAGAGCUACAUGGAUAUCAUAUGGAGAUGCCAACACAAAAUAUUUCCAUGCCCAGCUGAAAGCAAGACAAUCUAGGAACAUGAUCUCUUCUAUUUGCAAUGACCAAAGAAUCCUACUCUCAGAUCCAGGUUUGGUACAACAACAAUUUUUGAUAUAUUAUAAGCAGCUGCUGGGAGAUGUAGAGUCAAUAUUUCCUUGCAUUGAUACGACUAUUGCCAGAGAUGGUCCUUGCCUUUCAUUGAGCCAGCAACAGGAAUUACUAGAACUAGUUACCAGAGAAGACAUAAUUUAA